GACGUCAUGCCAUCCAGAGACGGAAAGAAGCAGCGAAAAGGCAGCGACACGGCGGUGCAGGGAACCAACGACAGCAGCGUGGUGAGCAAGGCUUCGGCUGCAGCUCAGGGCUACUUCAGCGACGCUUUUAUCCAGCACUUUGUGUGUAAAGUGGGUCGAAGGGCGCCGCUGAUCAACAGGGGCUAUUAUGUUCGCUGGAAAGCUUUGGACCACUGCGUGAGGCGGUUCCUUCACGUCACGGCGGAUCGCCCCAAGAAACAGGUUCUGUCUCUGGGCGCCGGAUUCGACUCUCUGUACUUCCGCCUCCAUGCAGACGGAGUUCUGGGCGGAGCCGUGGUGUUCGAGGUGGAUUUUCCGGACGUGGCGCGUCGCAAAGCUGCUCUGAUCGCCGCUGAUGCAGCACUGAGAGGGAUGCUGGACUCCUGCCUGCCUCCUCAAGCAGGGCCCGUCCAGGUGUCCAGCAGCCGGUACCGCCUGUUAGGCCUGGAUGUCAGGGAGGAAUCCCCGGUGGAGGAGGCUCUGAGUGCAGCUGGUCUGGACUGGGCGGCUCCCACCCUCAUCCUCUCUGAAGUGGUGCUGACCUACAUGGAAACCCGAUGGUCGGACGCCGUCAUCGGCUGGGCGGCGAGGCUCCUCCCGCAGUCCCUCUUUGUGAUGUACGAGCAGAUCCACCCCCACGAUCCUUUUGGCCGCGUGAUGCAGGAUCAUUUCCUAAAGCUCAACUCCACGCUGCACGCGCUGCAGCGGUACCCAGAGCUGUCGGCACAGAGACGCAGGUUCCUGGACAAGGGCUGGGAGUGCUGUGUGUGUCUGGAUAUGAAUGAUUUCUAUCUGGGGCUGGUCCCCCAGGAGGAGCGGGACCGAGUGGAGAGCCUGGAGCCGUUUGACGAGCAUGAGGAAUGGAACCAGAAGUGCUCCCACUACUUCAUCCUGACUGCAUCUCGCGGGGCGUUGAUGGAGCAGGCUCUGCUCCCCCAGACCUCAGCGCCGUCCGUCGCUCCGAGCUGGAGCCCCGCAGCCCUGAGCGUGCGCCCGGUCCCGGUGCGUCUGGAGGGCCUGGGGUUGGCCUCCACCCGGAUCAGGCCGCAGGUGGUGCUGCUCACUGGAGGGUCCGGCAGAGGGGGCCGGGGGGCGGAGACCAGGUGUCUCCUCAGAGGUCAGGGGGGGUGGAGCUCCACCAGAGUGGAAGCAUCAGCAGAUCUGGGAGAGAGACUCUAUCACACCGUCACCCCCCUCCCUGGAGGAGCGCUGGUCUACGGCGGCCGCUCCUCCCCGCUCAGACCCAGCUGCGACCUGUUGAAGGUGACGCUGGACCCGUUUGCUCCGCCGUCUGCAGCCGGGUCAGCAGAGGAACAGAGGGUUCAGGUGGAGCGGAUGGGCUGCACGGGCACCGCCCCCCCACCGAGAUGGAGACACGCAGCCGCAGUGGUCAGUCACGGAGGUGGAGACUUCCUGUUUGUGUUUGGUGGGAAGAACCAAUCAGAGCGGGUUCUGGGUGACAGCAGCUUCCUGAGUCUGGACCGGCGGGAAUGGAUGGAGAUUCCAGUAGAGGGCGCUGCACCGGCGGCUCGUCAUUCUCACACCGCCUGCUCCUACCAAGGAGGCGUGGUCGUGUUCGGAGGACUGGGCCGAGGAGGGGAGCCUCUGGGCGACACCAGCCUGCUGGUACCGACGGAGCGAGGCUUUUGUUGGAGGAGGGUGGCAGUGCAUCCUCCCCCCAUCCCUCGGUUUUCUCACUGCGCCCACCUGCUGGGCGAUAGGCUGGUUGUGGUGGGCGGAGUCUGGAUGCAUCCAGACGGAGUUCCUGGCGUCGCCGUCAUCAGCCUGGCCGUAGGCAGCAGCGUGGAGUUCAGACUGGACAUGAGCUCGGUGCCCUGGCCUCUGAUGCUCCACUCGUUCUGCUCCGAGCUGACGGACGCAGAAGAACCGCAGCUGCUCCUCAUUGGGGGGGGUGGGAACUGCUUCUCCUUCGGGACUCAUCUGAACCCUCAGCCUGUCUGUGUGGAGCUCCGGCCUGCACUGGGAUGAGGCGGCGAACCACAACCAGGAUUUUUAAAGCGUUAAAUCCUGAUAAUUUGUCAUUUUUUUACUGUUUGUUUCAACCGCUGUUUGUUUUUCAAUAAAAAUGUGAUUUUAAUCCCA